AUGUUGCCAAUUGAAGAAAAGUAUGAUUUGGAUUUUGAUUUUGAAAAAGGAAGAUUGAUUCUUGCACAAGGUGCUGAGUUAUACGUGGAAUCACCAGAAGGGAAGUACAUGCCAAGAUCAGUGUCUAUAAUCCUCAACAGCGAAGCCAAGGUUAUAAUUACCAAAUAUUUUUCAAUUUAUAGGCAACGCUUUUUAAGGGUUGCUUAUUAA